ACAGGCGACGCAAACUUCCUCGAAUCCUUGUAUUGCCUAGCAGAAGAAUGUAGCUGGCAUAAAUAGGCAUUGCAAGUGCAUUGUUUUGUAAAUCUAGAUUUAGAUCUCUAGAUCUAGAUUCUAGAUCUAGAUUCUAAACGUUCAUCCCCGGAAGAAUUAUUUUGUGAAAGUCAUUACAGAAAGUAAAGAGAUGGCUUCUGCAGAGCAGGAUGGCAGCUUAAAAUCCAACAUGAAAGCAGAGAAUGAGUCAAACAGAAGUCUGAGCAAAUCCCCAGAGAGUUCCAACCAAGGCAGUCAUGAAAAACCGACAGGAGCCACCCUUGAAGCCAGACCCACCAAAGAUGGGUUGGCUGUGAAGAGUGGUAUGAAAGGAAAGCCAAAACCUCUCUAUUUUUGGAGCACAGCAGAUGUCAACAAAUGGCUGCGGAAGCAUGGUGGCCUUUAUUAUGAGCUCUAUGGGGAACUGCUCAGCAAACAUGAAGUCACUGGCCGCACAUUGAUUAGGAUGACCGACAUCAAGUUGGAAAAGAUUGGAAUACUUGAUGCAACUCACAGACAUGACCUGAUGCAAUUCAUCCUACGGCUUCGUCUGAAACAUGAAAUGUCAGACCUGCGCAAUCUGAAUCAAAGAGGUUCAGGAUUUGAACUGAAGCUUCCAGAUCCAAACCGACAGUCAACAACAGAUAAGCUGACAGUUGAGAAAUACACUGGUGGAAAAUGAAAAAAGUUGUUGCUUAUUCAAACUAACACAAAUGAAAGUGCAAUAAUCUAUCAAGUAUUCCUGUGCCUCUACCUAUUCAAGCUGUAUGGGCUUUUCGCAGCUCUGCAUGUCAAAAGGUCGUAACAGAUUUUGGUUGUAAAGGAAUGGAGGACGGGCAUAUCGGUACUGCUGUUAAACAUAGCUGAUGUGAAUAGUCAAGGAACUUUCUUGUCAGAUAUUUUCCGGCUGUCAUGGAAAAAUGCAUCUGUAGCUGUGAUAUGUAUAGGUAUACCAGUUUCGGCCUUACAAUAUUUAUAAGCUGGUUUCCUGCCUUUGUAUCCUCCCAAAUGUGUAAAGUUUAGGAACAGAGGCCUCUUCCCCUCUUUCUUUGUGUCCUCCCAAAUGUGUAAAGUGUAGGAACAGAGGCCUCUUCCCCUCUUUCUUUGUGUCCUCCCAAAUGUGUAAAGUGUAGGAACAGAGGCCUCUUCCCCUCUUUCUUUGUAUCCUCCCAAAUGUGUAAAGUGUAGGAACAGAGGCCUCUUCCCCUCUUUCUUUGUGUCCUCCCAAAUGUGUAAAGUGUAGGAACAGAGGCCUCUUCCCCUCUUUCUUUGUCCUUCCAUUCCUCUACAUUCUCUUUUCCUUCCGCUUUCCAAAACUCCCCAUCCCCCUCUCCCAGUGUCAAAUCCAUAGCAGCUAGUGGGUUGCUUGUGUGGAGUUGGAGUUGUGACAUUCCUGUAGACUUGUGCAUUCGGCAUUGCUGAAAGCCCAACGUAAAUUAGUCCACUUUGGAAUAUAAGGUUUUCCUAAGCUGAAACCCCAUUGGGCAGAGGAUUUGGUAUAAACAGACUAACUACUUUCUACGCAGCAUUGCCUUUGGAAUAGUCCUGACUAUUUUGAACUGUCAAGAAACUUAACAUAAUACAUCCAUUUUUCAUUUUUACUCCUGUCUUUAAUUGUGGGAUCGUAAAAAUAACUCUGAAUGUUUAUGGGAUUCAAAAGAAACUGUAACGUGUCAUUCCAUCCUUCUAUGAAGAUCUGUGUAUUCCUGUUUCAUUUUAAAAUACAGAUGCUCUCAUAUCUUUUCAUCAAAUUGAAAUAAUAUCAGGUGUUGUAAACAAUGUAUCAUCUGUAAAAUUUCUCUGUCUUAAACUGUGCUGAAUUCUACAGUCUUGCAAGUAUGUGUCCUUUUCAGCUUGUCCAAUCAUAUUUCUCCCAGUCAUUCCUUGUCAUACCAUUAAUUGACCAUUGCUCACAUUCUCAAAUUUUUGCACCAACUGACGUAUGGAACUUUUUUAAAUGUCAUCAUACACACCCAUGCUGUUGAUCAAUGAGUCAAAAAGAGUUCUCUUCAUCAUCUUUGUUUUCCCCCACAUUCUGUCUAUGUUUAACUGUUUACCAACUUGAGCAGUGUUGCACAGAGCCUACUGAUUAGCCCCUGGAGCGGCAUUGCCUAGUGUUUCAAUCGCCCAACGCACACCCAUCACUGCUGUGGUAUAUGCAUUUCUAUGAGGUCUAGGAAGGAUGUCUGAUUGGAUGUGACUGAAAGCGAGGCUAUAAAGCGCAAGUAGAGUUGAGUUUUUUUCUUUGAGUAUUUGAAUGGUCGAAAUUGACCCUGGAAUGGUGCAUGUGUGAAAUUUUAAAAGCGAACAUGACUUAUCGAAGGGUGCAAUGGAGUUGAAACGUGGAUAAACCCAAGGAAACUUUAAAAAUACACAAUAAAUUGCCUACUAAAACAAUGUCACCAAACAAAACACAUCGCAAGUUCAUUUCUUGGUCUACUGUUACAUCAUAUUUUUAAGUCACUGGAGGAGCUUAUUAUUCUUUUAAUUUGCUGAAAUAAAUGGGUAACGAAUGAAAACCUGAUAGUCACAACUAUAUAAUGGAAGAAAUAGGUAACUUGCCUAUACUGUACUGCAGUGGAAACUGACUUGUUAGAAGCAGUAUUCUUUUUCUAAUAUAGUAAUAUAAUUAUAGUUGUGUUUUUCUCAGAUUAUUUUGUAGCUUUUAAAAUUACUUUUUUUAAAAACAAGUACAAUAUUUUCAGAGGAUUAUCUACCUUGUUUUAGGGAUUCAAGGCAUGCAUCAGGACAGCUGCCUAACGGGUAAAUGGUUACAAGCAAAUUAACCCGGCCAUAAAAAGUAUAAAUGUGUUCUUACAUAUUUUAAAAAGUUACAGAAUGCUAUUGCAAGUCUGAUAAUCUCCAGAAUAUCGUUUCCCAGCAUCCACCCCCAUGCUUGCUUAGAACCAAUGAUUCAGUCAGAUUCAUGGACAAGUAACUAUGCGUUUGUGUCAGAUCUGUACUCUUCAAUUAAUAAUAGGCCUAUGGGAGUUUCUCUUUGUUAUUUUGGUAUAAUUGCUGUAGUAGUGAUUCCAGAACAGAUAUAUGAAAAUCAAAACCAGUUUUUAUGCUUUUGUCAUUUUUAAGUAGCGAAAUUCCAGGCUGUCCCAGUCCAACUCUGAAUGAUUUAUUUUCUUUAACUGGUUUUGCUUACUCCAUGUCUUUAACCAGUGUUAGCUUUUCUGUGGAGUUUUACUGGCACCUUGACCUUCUGAUGUAUUGGUGUAUUUCUUAUUAUUGAUGCAUCAUGUGAUUCAUUGUUGUAAUUUCUGUUUUGUGAGACUAAUCGUGAUACUGAUUUAAGUUAGCACACGCAUGAUAUCAAUAUUCUUAUAAGACACAACAUUUUCAAAAAUUUCUUUACAGUUUCUUGGAUACCUGUAUUGAAAUAUUGAAUUGCUCUCUUUCUUUUUACAUUAAUCUUUUUCCGUAUCAUGCCUUUUUCAUAUUGUGCUCAUCUUUCCUUUUCAGUGCCUCAACUGCCUCAUUUUAUUGUUCAAUGUUUGAUAUGAAAUAAGAUUUGUGUUCCUGUCAACUCAACAUAGGCUGUCUCGAAAGCAGGGACCCCCUUAUUAACACUCAGGCUUUUAUUUUGAUGGGAUGGAAAGUAGAAAAGCAUUGUAUACAAUUCUCUCUCAACAAGUAAAAGCUUAGUGUCUGAAAAUUUUCCUCACAAUCUCACUUAUGUUGGAGUCGAACCUGAGUUUAUCACAUUCAAGUCUACUGAUUCUUUAAUGUGGCAUUUAUAGUGUAGUUAGAACUGGACAGUGAAGCCUUUUGUGAUCAUGAACCCAAUUUGUGCUUAGUGUUCACUUUAAUUUAAGGUACACCACGGCAGUAGCUGACAGCCAGAAAAAGUCGAUUUUGGUAUUCAAAACCGAUUUUUCGAUUUUGAUCUAUCUUAGUAGAGCAACAUCUGCUUUACCGAUUGGAAAUAUUUUCAAGUGUCUAAGACAUCUAUUAAGUGCUCAUAUAUGCCAAGUUUGAGAACAUUUUGUUGAAAUAGACCAGUAUGAAUUAGUUUGUUUUUGCAGUUUUCUCAAAAUUAUGAUUUUUUUAGGGGGUUGGGUCACCUGUGCAGAGAUAUUUCUGAAAGUACAUGUCACAGCUCAAUCCCGCUUUGCAUGACUGCUUCUAGAUAUAUGUUUGCAACAUACUAAAAGAUUGUUGUGAUAUUGUAAUAAGUUUUCUGUCAGGGUAAAAACGAUUGACAGCAUCACUCUGAUUUGUGAUCAAUUUUUUGUCCGUGUAUCGUAUAUGACACUAAAAGGGCAGUUACAAGAAAAGUAUGAGACUUGGGAAAGUAAAUCUUUAGUACUUUGCAGGUUGUAUAUACCGGAACACUGUGUUAAAAAAUCUAGGCUGAAUCAAUUCAACCUUUUUCAGAAUCCCUGUACAGAAUUUGCGCAAAUUUUGGUCUGUCGAACCCUUUGCAUCUGAAGAAUUCAGAAAAUUGACAGUGAAAUCAUAUAGGGAUAGUGUGUUUCUGUUUCUUGACCCAUUUUGGUUAUUGGGAAGCCCAGUAUACUUACUUUAGAUCUCAAACAAAAAAACUCCCUUCAGCUGUACCUAGUGUCCCUUAAAAAUAACUAGCUGAACGGGAUGAACAGGUACUCAGUUUGUGUUUAGCACAACAACAGAUUUAAUUAAUUUACUCACCGCCAACUGUAGAGGACCUCGGUGUAGACCACGUUGGGUGUUAGUCCAUGUGGUGCCAGGUGGUAAAUGUUGUUCUUAUCCCCAGUUCUGAACUGGACGACGUACAGCAUGCCAUGAGGAAAAACAGGCUGCGUGAGAUUCAGUCCCACACAUUUGAGUGUUUGGCCCUGCGCCUUGUUGAUGGUCAUGGCGAAGCAGGGUCGAAGCGGUAAUUGUGGAUGCUGGAACUUGAAUGGCAGCUGUGUGUCGGAUGGUUCAAGUGGUAUGCGGGGAAUGAAAUGACGCUGUCCUUUGUAUGCACCGGCGACAGUUUAAACUUCGGCUCCAUUGGGGGAACAACUGACCACAACACAUCAUGUUCCUUUGAUGAGCUCAGGUGGUUUCAAUGAGCGCAUCAACAUGACAGGCAUUCCCAUCUUCAGCUGCAGGGAGUGAGGGGGGAGUCCCGAAAUUUCAAUGGAAUUUAGAAAUUCAAAUGGAUACUGUACUGAUUCUCCGUCAUUCACCAUUCUAUUGAUUGAAAUGUAGGUCAUCUCAGGUGUUGAUAAUGUAUCUAACAAAUUGUUGUUAGUUUUGGUCACUGUCUCGUUUAAAGCACUUAGAAUCGCUCUGUCAGUUAACCACACCGGAUUUACAUGAUUCUGUGAGAAGGUUGGGAACACAUUGUCGAUCAGCGCAUCGAUAUUUCCAACCUCAUUUCUAAAGUCACUUAGUGAUAUGACAUCUGGUUCAGAGGUCUGAGAAAUAAGUUGUCCAUCGCCUACUUUCAAAAGCAGAUCAGGAAAACAUUGAAUCCCCGUCAUUCAUGAGAACUCUCAUAUUCUACGUUAGCUUGAAUGUAUGAACAUGCUCCCACAGCUGUGACUUUUUCAAACUGGCGUUCACAACGUUUGCUCUUGUGCCUUGUGGAAUCAUAGGAAGGAUCUGUCUGAAAUCCCCACACAUCAAUAUGAGGAGACCACCCAUCACUGGUUCUGAGGAUCGCAGGUCUUGAAAUGUGCGGUCAAGGGCUUCAAUUACCUUUUUGUAUAGCAUUGGAGCUUCAUGGAUGAUCAAAACAGUUGCCUCUCGAAUCAGCAUUGCCAGUGCAGAUCCCUUUUUGAUGGAGCACAUUGGUUGUUCUGAUUUUGUGACUUUGAGAGGUACUUUGAACGUCUUGUGAACAGUUCAUCUGCCAGGAAGGAGUGUUGCUGCCAAAACACUACUUGCAAUCGCAAUAGCUAUUCUACCUUGUGCCCUUUGUGAAGCCAGCAAUGUGUUAAUGAGAAACGUCUUUCCGCAUCCUCCUGGUGCAUCCAAGAAGUAUAUUCCUCCUUGUUGGUUGUCAAUAGCUUCAUUAAUGCUGGUAUAGACGUCAUUCUGCUCUGAGGUCAACAUAUUUAUGUUCUCUUCCACAGUCUCUUUUUCCUGCUGAAUAUCAUAUGCAUACUCAGUUUCCACUGCACUGUUAAGUGAAACUUGGCGGUCUGGUUUUGGCAAACCGAAAGUCUCAAGAGCGUCACCAUUCAUAGACAAAACAAUGUCCUCAAUACUUAUUAGGGCCAUAGGUUUUGAUUGCUCAACUAUAAAGCUCUGAUGGAUAAAGUCUUCACAGAGCGGAGAUUCAAAGUCAUUCCAAAGUUCUGCUGGUUUGGCUUGUAGUGUGUGAACUAAGAGAAUAGCAAAAAGAGUCCUUAAGGAUUGUGGAUGAUGACUUGCAGCUGCUUCUUGGAGUGUCUUUUGAUGUGCGUAGUCAUGUUCCAGUAAUCCAUGGGAAAUGCAUGCUUCCUUGUAUAUUGCCAGUUCAGGACCUUCAAAAUAUCUAAGACUCUUGAAAGAAGUAGGGCCUUUCACAACUGUCCACAGGAAGCGGAGAAAAAAGCACUCCCCCUGUUUUGGACUAACAAUGAACAUUCUUCCAAUGGUGAGAGUUUCAAACACUUCAUGUCCAUUCUCUUCCUCCCUGUCACCUCUUUUGCGUCCAGGACUUUGACGUAGUAUUCCGUGUACAGUAGCUGGGGAUAUCCACAUACACUAAAGGUUUUGCUAAAUUGUCACUUUCACAAAGACAGAAAAAAGCUGUUACAGUUGUUGUGGGUGGAGGGGCAGCUGCAACAUUCAUGACAGUUUCUUCAUUGAAAUAAACAUGUUGUCCUUUUUCCAAAUGGACAGACUGUUGCACAACUGCAGGGUGUCGCUCCGUAAGGGGGAAUUAAAAAAUACGCCAUGCAGCCUCAGUACUGCCAGUGUACCUUGCGUUGACAAAGUUUGAUACUUCAUCCCUUCGACUUUCAUGCUGAAGUUGAAACGUUGCCUGGUCCACUCUUUUGUGCACACAUAUUUUAGAACAUACUUGAUGCAUUGUGUUGAAGAACAAAUUUCAACGUUCACAUGACAUUUCAGCUGCAUUAGCAACAAUGGAUUAAAAGGUUCAACCCACCUAUUGUCAGCAGACACAUCUCUCAUGCUCACAACUUUGAUUGUUGUAUUGCCAUCGUUGUCUGGACUCCAUCUCCUGUACUUUGGAUAGCUGUCAUUACCACCUUCUGUUUGGUGCUGGCAUGGCAUUGGAUAUUUCUUGGUGCAUUUUCCAUCUUUCAUGCACGACGAGUUUGGAUUUAAAUGGCUUGGUCACAAUAGAAUAGAGUUCCAGAUGUAAGUCUUUGUCUGGUAGUUCUGCAGAAACUACUCUAUCAAUGAGGUCAGGUCAAAUUUUUGCAUCCUCCUUCAGCCAGAGAAGAAUCCUCUCUUUUGAAAUUCAAUGGAGUAGAGCCAUGCCUGCAGGGUCCCAAAGCAGCCGUCUUUCAUUAAAGCCAUUGCUUUAUUCAGUUUUUGUUUGAAGACUCUCACGAUCAGAUCUGGUCGAUCAUGAGGCUGUUGAUUCUCUGAUAGAUUUUCAACAAUUUCAGGCCAUUUGAGGUAUGUCGUUACUGUUAUGAACAGAUCUGAACACCCAUAUUUCCGCACAUAGCACAUGGCAUCUUUCUGUUUCUCAAACAUAUACUGUGGACCUCCAGUGUAGGAAGAUGGCAAAAUGAUUCUUUGUCCAAGGUUAGUGGGGUCUGCAUUGUCUUGGUGUGAAGCGGUAUCUCGAAGUUCACCGUAGUUGUCAGCUCUUCAUCUGCCUUGUUGAAAACAGAUGAAUUGAAGACGGCUACAUUCACUUUUCACAUAUGCGUCAACAAUAAACUGUUGAUAUAGUUUUUUGGCUCACAAUGUAUAAUUGUUUGGUCUAAUGAGAAAAUGAAAACAGUAGUACUGCAGCUCUGUGAUUUUAUGUCUGCUGGUGAGUUUCAACUGAAGAUUCCAUCCAUCUGUACCGAAAGGGGAAAAGUAGAGGAUAUUGAAGAGGAUCAUACGCCUUGUACAGCUCACUGAUACGCUUACACUUGUCAUUACGUAUGUGGAGAACAAUAUCUCAUUGACCCACAGGAUCAUUUGGCAUGGAAAUAGUGACAUCACGUGAAGACGAUGGAGCAUUAAAUCUUCUUUCAUACACUCCAGAGGGCCUUGCCUUUUCACUGUUAACGAUGACAUAAGAGUCGAAAUGUGAGCGUGCGAAUUCAUAAUAUGCACUUUUCAGAUGUAUGACAUACAAAUUAUGGCAAUGCAACAUGGCUUGAAGAUCAGAAAUUAUCCCAGGCUCAAGUCCUUGGAAAAGACUGUUUCUGCGCUCUGAGGCUGCUUCACUUUCCAUGAAAUAAACUUGUAGAAAUGAAUGCUUAUUUUGGGUGGCAGGAAGGAGAGAGCCAAUACGAUGAUAUAUUUGACCCUGUGCGCGAAACUGUGGAUUCCCUCCUUUGAGGGUUGCAUCGCUAUAGCCCUUGGAUGUGAGCUGAAAGCAAUUGUUGUUCAGCCUGAUUUUCUCCAGAAAGUGAGUGGACAGUGUCGACGCACCAGACAGAAGGAUUUGCAGUUCAGGAGGUGGUUUUGGAAAUGCAUGCAGAUGAACUUUGCCAUUGCUACUGCACAUACAUUGUGUUUCAUAUGGAAGUCUUAUGGCCGGGCAGUGUGUACACUGUGUUGUCAGUUCCCCAAUGUAGCACUCGUACUAAAACGAAUUGACACUGUAGAGGAAUGCUUUUGAGAGAUUUAGAUCUAGAGAGUCCCCAUCAUUUAGUUGUUGAUCUAGACCACCUCGACCUUUGCAAGCGCAAGGUGUUCCAACUGCAGAACGUCGUUUUCUUUUCAGGAUGGCCAGGUGCUGUCUAGAUCUUGAUCUAGAUUCUAAUCUAAGACCUGUUGACGUUGUUCCCAGUA